AUGCAUUCCCCUUACACCUACUACGACCCAGCCCCCUCUUUCGCUGGUCGAGGCCGUCGGUUCUUUCGCCAGAACUACAUGCGCGGUGGUCUCAACCCUCGCACUGGCGGCAUAGGAGGUCUGCUCAAAGUCGCCCUUGUCGGAACGGCUACGUAUUUUGUCUGCAAAAAGAUCUACCAUGCCGGUGCCCAAAGCAAGAAUAAUGGGCAGACUUCGCAGUCCAUCAAAUCUAUUCUUUCCGGAAACGAGCAGACCGUCAUAAAGGAAUACGAGCGUUUGCGCCGUCGAGUUUGGGAUCUCGAGAACGCAGAAACCUUCGCAGUCACUGGACAUGAUCUGGUGUCUGAAGCUGUCUGGCUUGGGUUCCGCAAAUGGGCCUGUGAACGGCUCCUUGAAUCAGCCGCCGCACUGGAACUGGGACUCCCCGUUACAAUCCAUCGUCCGUGCGCGGUCAUCGGAGACGAGGCGCCCAACAAGGACGCCCUGAACGCUCUUCUGAAGUACUCCAAGCUCACGCGCUGUGUUCCGCGUUUCGAAAACUUUGAAGGAUAUCUUGAUUUCGACGACGUCCACCGGGUAGCCGGGGCGAUCGCUGCGGACGCUCUGCCUACUGCUGAAGCAAGGGGGAGCAAGCCUGCCGCACGAUUCGUGCACCACUCCAGCGGGCACAAAGUGUCCAUGAAGGACUUCAGGGGCCGAAUGGAGACAUUGUUCGAGUGCCCGUUUGAGGAGGUUUCUAUGGCUGAGUGGAUUGAGCGCGCAUUGCAGGCUGGUAUCGAUCCACUGAUUACGGGGUACUUGGAGGCGAUGACGAUGAAGGGGGAGACGAUUCUGUUUCCUUUUAUGGGGGAGACGGAGUCCCUUUGA